AUGGUGGGAAAAAAGUCUGGAAAGGCCCUCUUAAGGGAGGAAGGCCUGGAACGGACCGAUAAUAACAUGGAGCUUACCAGCUGGCCGCAAGUCGCUGCAAUUAACCAAAAGAAUUAUUAUACGGAAUAUCUCAAACGGGACGAUCAGAUCCUCGCAUACCGCUUACAAAAUGAAGCUGCUCGAGACCGUAUGGCGAAAAAUGCAAAAGACCGGGAUAGAGCCCUCGCGACCAAGAAUGAAGUGCCGCUCCCUGAGUCAGAAGCUGACGCGGACGGAGAUACGACAAUGGUAGAUGCCAGCGGAGAGAAGGCCCAGGAACUAGUAGGGUCGAAAACGAUUGUGAUCCAUGUCGGAAGUCAGAACCUGCGAAUCGGGCUCGCGAGCGACGCAUUGCCAAAAACAGUCCCAAUGGUGAUAGCACGUAGAGCAGAGGAGAACGAAGCAGAACAGGAUGGCGGAGAGCCAAGGCCAAAACGGUUGAAAUUGGAUGAUGGCCAGUGUAUGGAGCCUGAAAAGAUGUUUGGUCCUGAAUUCGCUUCGAGAUACUUAAAGAUGUGUACAGAAUUGAGAACACAUAUGCGAGCCAAUAAGAGGAGAACGCUUCCGAACUCGAAGGAAAUGGUUGCCAACUAUAACCGAAGGACUUCUCCGGAGACGAUCUCAGAACAUAACGACCCCAUGCGAGUCGAAUGGACUGUGGUUGAACCAAAAGAUGCCCCGGAACACGUUAUUGGAGAAGCGGCCUUGCGAAUCCCUGACUAUUCCAACCCAAGAUACAAACUAUUUUGGCCGAUCCGAAAUGGCUGGUGCAAUGAAAAAGACUAUGAUAACAAAAAUAUGCUAUUCCUUGAUAUAUCGCUUAUCUUGGAAGAUGCGAUUAAAUCACACUUAAAAUUAACGCGCAAAAAGGACUGGGGCCAAUACUCAUGCGUUUUCGUUAUUCCAGAUCUUUAUGAGAAAUCGUAUGUCACGCAGAUCCUCGACAUGCUGAUGCGCGAAUUUGGUUUUGGUCGAGUAUGUUUCGUGCAGGAGAGCCUGGCUGGGACGUUCGGCGCGGGAUACACAGCGGCGUGUGUCGUCGAUAUCGGCGCACAGAAAACCUCUAUCUGCUGCGUAGAUGAAGGAAUGUGCAUCGAAAACUCCCGUGUUAAUCUCAAAUACGGUGGAGCGGAAGUCACGGAAACCUUUAUCAAAAUGAUGCUCUUCGACCAUUUCCCAUAUGACGAAAUUAAUCUGAAUCGCCGAUACGAUUUCUUGCUUGCUGAAGAGCUCAAAAGGAAUGUUUGUACUUUGAAUGAAACAAACGUUUCAGUUCAAGUAUUUGAUUUCCAUCUCCGCGCUUCCGGCCAGGAUACACGUAAAUAUACGUUCAAGGCUUACGAUGAAGUUAUAUUAGCGCCAAUGGGUUGGUUUGAGCCGGAAAUUUUUGAUCUGUCUGAUAAAUUGAAAGGAAGAAGAAAGCUCAUUGGUCGGACUUGUGACCUUUACGAUGGACAGCCAAACGAUCCUGUUUCCGCAGCUCAAACCGCGAUCCUCACAGCAAUUGCUCCACUGUCUACCAAUGGCAGCCUUGUAGUGAAUGGGAAUCCCAGCACUCUCGCGGACGUUCAAUCCACACCUAGCCGAUUCCAACACAGCAACCCUCUAAAUCGCCUUCAGGAUCUUGAAGCAACUCCACGCUCCUCGGCAGCGGCGUCCCCGGUCCCAGAAAUCACAGCAACUCCUCAGGGUGGAAGGUCGACGCCUUUGCCUCCAGGGCAAGGCACGGUUGAAACGAAUUCUGGCCGACGUCCCACGGUUGAGGAACGGGACGACAUUCUACCUGUUUUCCCUCUUGAUGAUGCCAUAUUUACGUCUAUCACGCAUGCGGCAAGGCUUGAUAACCGACGGUUUACGGACUUUCUAGGAGGGAUCCUAGUAAUCGGAGGCGGAAGCCUCAUCUCUGGAUUUCAUGCAUUUCUGGAAGAAAGGCUACAGACCAAAUAUCCGGAUCAUUCGAAUUCAGUGCUCGUUGGAGCUCCACCACGAGAGCUUGAUCCCCAAGUCGUUGCGUGGAAAGGAGCCAGCGUCUUUGGAAAGCUCGAUGCGACAAAUGAUAGUUGGAUUGGCAGGUUAGAAUAUGACCGCCUUGGCAGUCGAAUAAUGACGUAUAAAUGCAUGUGGAACUGGUGA